AUGGGGAAUUCUGCUCAGCAAUGGAGAAUGGCCAUAGGGACUUUCGGUGGAGGCCAGAAAAAUCAGACAUUCUAUUCAUCAUUCGUCAAAUCUCUAAAACAACUAGCAUUAAGACUUAGGCUAAUAAAACUGCUGCUGGUGAGAGCAGGAGUGGAGCAGAACCCCGGUCCACCAACCAAUGAUAAAUCAGAGGUAACCAAAGAAAUGUAUGAACUUGGUUGCAAAAUAAAAGCAUGUGACCAACAGACUGAGUUGAAAGAACAGGCAGACCUCAUGUGUCAACUUGGACAAGAGUAUAUCAAAUCAGCAACGACCUCAGAAAUCUGGUAUGAACACUAUGUUUGGUCCUGUGCAUUAUACAAUGCGGCCAAAUGUCGAAUUAAAAAAUUAAUUAAAAAACAAACUGAUGGCACAAACACAGCUCUUGAAGAUGACUUGGAACACACUGACAAACAACUCCAGCUUAUAGAAAAUAACUUUGUGAAGAAAUGCCGAGCUGCAAACAGCAAACUAUCUACAGAAGCUUCAACACAGAAGUACACUAACACACUUGAAAAUAUACGAGUGUACUCAAACGCCACCGUAAAUGAUAUCAUCGAAAAGUACAUGGUAGUUGAUGAUGUCACCACAGAGAUGAAAGACGAAGAUGAAGACAACACAAUAAAAUACAGCAAGGUGUUUUAUAAUGGACUUACACAACAGCUUUUAGAUUUUUAUAAGUCUAUUAUCCAUGAUUGUAUUUCUGUUUUAGGACACCCUGAUUGUAAGUUUGCAUUCUUAGCACUUGGUUCCAUAUCCCGAAAAGAGGUCACUGCUUAUUCAGAUAUUGAGUGGGCAAUACUGUUUGAUCCCUUAGAUAAACCAGUCGAUCAAAUCAAAACACAAUUGCGUAUGAUAGCCUAUUACAUGCAUUUGAAGGUGCUUAAUCUUGGGGAAACAUUGUUAAACUGCUUAGACAUACCUGUUCUGACAGAUUAUAACAAACACCUACCCCGUGACAUGAAAGACAAUGACUUUUAUGACAAAGCAACAACUAGGGGAAUUUCCUUUGAUGGGACACAACCUUGGGCUAGCAAAACAGCUAUUGGUAGAAAAACAGGAGUAGAUCCCAAUAAACCUUCCAGACUUGAACUUAUCAUGACUGUUGAUGAGAUGAGCAAGUUUCAAUUAACAGAUGAAUCAAUUAAAGAGGGCUAUCACCUUAGUGACGUUCUCAUGACAUCAACACUCAUAACUGGAGAAUUCGCCUUAUGGAAUGAAUACAAUGAAAUAGUACAUUCCAUACUAUCAUCACCAUCCAAAACUAAUCCAGAUAUCACUAUAGGAAGAGAACGAGCAUUAAGAACACUAGAGAAAGAUUUGAAAAAAUAUAGUGAAAAUCCCUUGUCAUCAGAAUCAUUCACUCAGAAAAUGCAUACAAAGCAUGAUAUAUAUAGAUUUGCUACAAUCACUAUAAAUAUUCUGAAACUCAUGCAUGGUUGCACAUCAUUUGCUCCUCUAGAUGUGUUAGAGGAAUUGAGAGGGAAGGGUAUUCUAACUGAAGGGGCAGCAAAAGAUCUACAAAUCAUGGUUUGUAGUGUAAUAAACCUUAGACACAUGGUCUAUGGAAGGUAUAAGCAACAAAAGGAAUUCAUAUCAUUCUUACCAAGGGACUCUCAAGAUGAUGAAACAACAGAAGUGAUGCCAGUCAGAAGUUUUACAGCCAUAUUAAGAUUUUUUAACACAUUCAUACCCUGGUGUGAAUUUCUCAAAUCAAACUUGAAUGUAAGCGGUAUCUGGGCAUAUAGAGAGAGAUAUCGUGAAGGAAACAAUGAAGUGAAAGCGCAAUUAUAUGAGAACAUUUUCUUCUUCGAUAGAGCAUUGCACUCUUAUAAAACAGAGUUAAAAACACUUCAAAGCCAAGAUGCAGGAGAGCAAGAGUGGAAAAUAGCUUCUAUAAAGACAGCAAUAGGUUCAUUGUAUAUAUCACAAGGGAAUUACUCAGAUGCACUAUCAUAUUAUAAAGACAUUCUGAAAGUAUGCAGAAAAAUCAAUGAUGAAAAUUGGGUAUCUGGCUCACUUAACAACAUAGGUCUUGUGUAUAAUAAGAUGGGAGAUCUGACUGAAGCACUUGAGUAUCAUCAAGAAUGUCUGACAAUGUUAAGACUAAUACACAAAGACAGUCCCCACCCAGAUGUUGCAAUGUCACUUAACAACAUAGGUCUUGUGUAUAAAGACAUGGGAAAUCUGACUAAAGCACUUGAAUAUCAUCAAGAAAGUCUGAAAAUGAAAAAACAAAUUCACAAAGACAGCCCCCACCCAAAUGUUGCUUCAUCACUUAACAACAUAGGUAAUGUGUAUAGUAAGAUGGGAGAUCUGACUAAAGCACUUGAAUAUCAUCAAGAAAGUCUGACAAUGUAUAGACUAAUCUACAAAGACAGUCCCCACCCAAAUGUUGCUAGCUCACUUGGCAACAUAGGUAAUGUGUAUACGAACAUGGGAGAUCUGACUAAAGCACUUGAAUAUCAUCAAGAAAGUCUGACAAUGUAUAGACUAAUCUACAAAGACAGUCCCCACCCAAAUGUUGCUAGCUCACUUGGCAACAUAGGUAAUGUGUAUAAGAACAUGGGAGAUCUGACCAAAGCACUUGAAUAUCAUCAAGAAUGUCUAACAAUGUUAAGACUAAUUCACAAAGACAGUCCCCACCCAGAUGUUGCUAGCUCACUUGGCAACAUAGACAGCCCCCACCCAAAUGUUGCUUUAUCACUUAACAACAUAGGUAAUGUGUAUAGUAAGAUGGGAGAUCUGACUAAAGCACUUGAAUAUCAUCAAGAAAGUCUGACAAUGUAUAGACUAAUCUACAAAGACAGUCCCCACCCAAAUGUUGCUGGCUCACUUGGCAACAUAGGUAAUGUGUAUACGAACAUGGGAGAUCUGACCAAAGCACUUGAAUAUCAUCAAGAAAGUCUGACAAUGUAUAGACUAAUCUACAAAGACAGUCCCCACCCAAAUCUUGCUAGCUCACUUGGCAACAUAGGUAAUGUGUAUAAGAACAUGGGAGAUCUGACUAAAACACUUGAGUAUCAUCAAGAAUGUCUGACAAUGCAAAGACUAAUACACAAAGACAGUCCCCACCCAGCUGUUGCUAGCUCACUUGGCAACAUAAGUCUUGUGUAUAAGAACAUGGGAGAUCUGACCAAAGCACUUGAAUAUCAUCAAGAAUGUCUAACAAUGUUAAGACUGAUACACAAAGACAGUCCCCACCCAGAUGUUGCUAGCUCACUUGGCAACAUAGGUCUUGUGUAUAAUGACAUGGGAGAUCUGACUAAAGCACUUGAAUAUCAUCAAGAAUGUCUGACAAUGUUAAGACUAAUAUACAAAGACAGUCCCCACCCAGAUGUUGCUUCAUCACUUAACAACAUAGGUCUUGUGUAUAAGAACAUGGGAGAUCUGACCAAAGCACUUGAAUAUCAACACAAAGGUCUGAGAAUGUAUAGACUAAUACACAAAGACAAUCCUCACCCAAGUGUUGCUACAGUAUUGUAAAACAUAGGUAUCAUACAUGAAAAUGAAGGAGCAUACAGAAGCACUGACUUAUUACUUUGAAGCCCUGAACAUUGCUCAUCAGUAUGGAGGAGAUUCACACCCUGAUUACAUUGAAGCAUUAAAAUUGAUUGAAAAGUGUACAGAAUAAAUCAUUUGUUCAUGCACUCUAACACGAAUAAAUCAUAGACAUUAAAACAUUGACAUUUUAUCAAUGAUCUAGUCAAAUGUUGUAAGGUACACCCAUUCUGCUUGACACUUGGAAUUAGAAACAAAUAUGAUGAUCCAUAUUAAUUUUCUUAUAUUUUUACCAUUUUUAAGAUGGAGGCCCUCUCUAAUCUAACAGUUUCUUUAUACCAAAUUACUAAAACUUAUCAAACCACAUAUGUUUAAAGGAAUGCAGCCAAGCCCAACAAACUCCAAUUAUACAGUGAAACCUAUAAAGUGGAACACCUCUACAAACAGACAGGUUUUACUGUAUACUCCUAUGUAAGUACCCAUACUGCCUGACUGGCAGUGACAGACCAAUCUGACAGCCCCGUGAGUGAUGACUGUGUCAAAAACAGAGCAGCCUUAUUGUAUAUAGUGAAAACCGAUAUUGAAGUGUCUUCCUUUUGGUAAGAUCAAAAUGAUUACCUAAUUCCAAUGUUUUUGCUUAACCCAUCCAUUUGCUAACAAAACACUACAAUUCCUUAUCUCCUCAUUAUUUCAGAAGAACAUAAGUUGAUUGAGUCUCAACCUGUAAAAUAUAUGAACCCGGCAUAUAUUGAAUUCCAGUGACCUCCUUAUUGGGAGAUACAUAUUUCUAGCAUUUUAAGUUUGAAAUUAUAUUAUUAGUGCUUUAAUACCAGUAUAUCCUUUCAUUAUAGUGACAUAAUAUGUGUUAACCUGUAUCUUGUGCCAUUGCAAACUUGUACUUUUAGUUAGAUUAAAGCAUAUAUACUAAAUGGUGUUGCAAAUGAAAAAUUGAUUCAAAAUAGAUCUGUGCAGCAGAACACAGAAACCUGUAAUGUGGAACACCUGAUAAACACCUGAUAAAGAGACAAAUUUCAGAGACUAACUGACUAAACCUCUAUGAGGUGUUCCACUUAGACAGGUUUUGUUGUGCUUAAUUUUGAAAGAUAAGAGUAGUGACAUUUAAUAAUUUAUAUUGUACUAAAAAUGCAUUCUGAUACCCAUAGCAUCUUUCUGUUUCACCUGAAACUCAGGGCUGAGAAGAAAUGAGAUCUCAUGGUUUAUCAUGAUGCUAAAAAUGAUGCUUCAAUGAUUAUGAACACUUGCCCAAGAUGAUAUAUUCUAAUUCUUAUGCUCAAGACAGUGUUGUAUAACUUAACCCAAAAAGGAUAUCUUAACAGGACAUAAUUUUCAAUCCAAAAUGUUGACACAAUUUUCCCACCAGUUUUUAAAAUGCACCUUUUCACAAGGCAAUUUCUUAAAAAAUACAAUACAUAAAUCAAGGUGUGGAAAAUGAGUAAAACUCUAUUGUGUAUUAUAUGUUAUCUAUAUUUACUGUAUUUAACUCGACAGGUGGUAAAAGACACAAGAAUAUAAGAUGUAUAUCAGGGUUUUCAUCAGCAGCAGGCAACAGGUGGUUUUCACCAGUUGUUUUUUUAAGGACUUAUCAACUAUUCCAUGUUACAUUUGUGAUUUCCAUUAAUUUGCUUGUUGUUUUCAUUUAUUUAGCUGUUGUGAGAAAUUCUAGUGAAACCCCUGUAUAAUAAUACUGUAAAACACAUUAAAUUAGAAGGAACAAUUUUAAUUUGUGCAUGUAAAUUGCUUCUUUUUAUAUACUCAUGAUUUUUGGAUUUUUUCAAUUCAUGCCAAGCGUCAAUUUUGAAUUCGUGGCAUCCUAAAUUUGCAAUUUUACAAUAAUGGCAAAUUGAAGAUGUCCAUGAAUUUGGCGUUUUUACAGUUCCAUUGGCUCUUGACAAUGAUAUAGCUGUAAUAUUCUGUACUUAGUUUGAUAUGAGCAGUUCUUCAUUUUUAAGAUGUUAGUGACUACUUGGGCCCAAUCUAACGUACAUGUAUUUGCACUUAUAAAGAAAA